AUGCAUAGAAUGGCCGACGAACUCAAAACCUCAAGAAGGCGCGAACACCGGUGGAAACUGAUCCUCUGGAGUCCAAAAAACACCAAGGAAGAAGAAAGGAAGGAGACGAUCGAACAGAUACAAGAUGGCCAAAGGAAUCACAUCCCGAAGCCAUUGGCGCGCACGACGAAAGAUCUCCGAAUCCACACGUUCAAAUCGCCUCAAACUUCACAAGGAGCCACAAAACAUAAGGUCAAAAUAGCAAAGAAGAGUCCAAAAUGGAGCAAAAAGAGUCAAAUCACCAAGUUCCCAAGUCUAGAGCACCAAAAUCUACAUUUCUCGCUAAAGACCAAACCGGAGCAUCCGAAGUACGACCGCAUAUUCAUGCCUUCCCGACGUCCAAAAGUCAUGAUUCUUAUAUGGAAAGAUAGAUAUUUGAGUCAUGACCCGCGGCGAAGUGGAAAGAGGUCAUUUGGAUCACUCGUUGGACCGGAACUUAUUUUCUACCAAGACAUGUCCGACGAGCGCCUAAGUAGAGCCCAUGGAGACUUUGAUGGAUCAAGAGGCCCGAGAUACCGCGCCCAAGGCCUUGGCUCAUCUUGA